AUGAUACGUUCUCCGCAGUGGAGAGAGAAUUUGGACAUUCGCUGCCAGCUGGAGAGGAAAAAUCCUUCCGAGCGGAGACCGACACCGUGCCCGUGUCCGGAGACCCCGUGGAGUGACAGAGCCUGCGGUGCGGUGACAGUCUGUCGGUCUAUUAUUACCAGUCUGGCGGUUUGUAAGCUUGUUCGUAUCUGUAGUCCGGGUUCUGAGACGAACGGUGCGUCAGAGAUCAGGUGGCCGGCGAAAACGCGGUCGUUUUACCAGUUGCCCAUGGGGAAGAACAAAGAGGAGCCUUGGAGAGAAGCACGAGGGCGGUGGGCGGUAAACGAAGGCUGGGGAAAAGAAUCGAGACCAAGCCCAAACUCGGCCGAAACCCGAGGCUUCGAAGCAAUGGAGCAGGCAAGGAAAGGCGACGCGCCAGUAUUGACAGGCCGCUGUCGUGAUUUCGGGCAUGGUUGA